AUGAAGUACAAAUUUGAAAUAAGCAUCCUAGAAGUCCAAGGCCUCGCUCAAGGACCUUAUGAAUACAAAAUAGCUUUAGAUUCUAUGGAGCAGAGGCUAUAUGACACAGAUACCUUUGAAAUUUAUGGCCAAGGAAACUUUUCUCUAGGAAUUUAUAGAUCAAACGGAGAAGUUUUUGGCUUCAAACUGCCUAUGAAGCUUCUUCACGGGCAUAAAAGCCACUGAUUCCCUCUCGGAUGCCCAUACUUAGAGCUUGAUUCUGUUGAAGAAGAGUUUUCGGAUCCUCGCGUGCUUCUUUCAAUAACAGAAAUUUCAGUUCUAUCCCCAGUUAUCGAGCGCCGAGAAAUCAGCGAAUAUUCUUUGCCUUCCACACCAGAAAUUAUACGUACACCUCAAAACCAAAGCCAAUUUGACACCAAAGACCAAGUCUCUGCUCCUGUAAAAGGAGCCUUAAUGGACUCAAUUCAGCUUGAACUAGAACAAAAAGAGCUUUUUUGCAACCACGUCAAAGAUUUAUUAUAUGCCAGCAAACAAGAAGUAAAUAAGCUCCGAGAAGUCUGUGAAGGGUUACGAGAACAGCUGAAAAAAUGCAUCAAUGAUUUUGAGGAGAAAGAAAAAAUCUAUAUCAAUGAGCUGAAGGAGGCAAAAGUUAAAACAAUUUGCACUGACUCUUCUUUAAAAUUGGAACAAAAUAUAGGUAAAUUUUCAUUUUAACCCCUUUAAAUUUGAAAUUUUUUAGAAUUUUAUAGGAAAAAUACUAAUUCUUAUAAAAUUAGUUUGACCUAAUUUAAUGGGAAAGUGCAUAUCAAAUAUUAUUUUUCACACUUAAUUGAUUAAUUUUUUAAAUGAAUUUUUCAUGACAUUAAAUUGAAUUUACAAAAAAUUAUGUUCAAUUUAUAUUUAUAAAAAUGUGAAAAAAUUUAGACUGGAACAGAAUUUUUUGUUUAAAUUUAAAAGGGGUGAGGGAAAAAUGCUUGGCUUUAGAGGUAGAAAUUACGAAGAUUAAUUAAGUUAAAUGUUAUAAGGCCAUAAGCAUAUAGACCACAGCCUGCUUAUCUGGUGUAAACCCACCUAAUCGAAGGAUUAUCUCACUAGGUCAAGCAACCUCUUGAGGAUACCCCCGUGAGUCCGAUAAGCAAAGACUAAGUGGGAGGUAAAACCUGUCUAGCCCAUCUGGCAGGGAAAGGGAAAACCUUCGAGAAACAAAACUUCCUCUUCAGCAAGCAUCAAACCAGAAGGCCUACUUCAAAAAGUGGCAGCGGCACUAUUUACAGCUUCAUCAGGACAGUUUCCUGCCUGCUCCAUAAGAAGAUUUAUUUCUACGAAUAUUAGGAAUCAGAAUUCUAUGCUGAAAAAUCAGAUUUCUAUGGGACAAAUAUUUAGUACUAAUAUAGAGCCUAAAGUAGAUUUAGCGUGCAUGCUGAGAGAAUCGGAGCAGAAGAGAAAAGAAAUACAGGAAGAGCUAAAAAAUGCACAUUUAAGGAUAGAAGCAAACAAAGCAAAUGAUAAUGCAAAUAGCCAGCUGCAUUUAGAAAACCAAGCUUUGGUAAAUAAGCUCAAUUCUUUGGCGGAAAAAUUGAAAAAUGAUGAACUGAAAAAUUUGGUCCAAAAAUCUGAUUCUCAAAGAAAAAUUGAAGAACUUACAGCUAAAGUUCAGCAGCUGGAAAAUGAAAAUAAAGCGAUUGCACAGAGCUCACAGGAUGUUUCAGAAGAAAAUUAUCAACUGAAAGAAGCUCUUGACCAGCUAAGGGUUACAUUGAUAAGGCAAGAAGAAGAAAAUAAUGACCUUACUUAUCAGGUGCAGACGUUAUCUGAAAAAUCAGCAAAGAAUUUGAAGCUUGAUCAUAUCGAUUAUGAGCUAAAAGGAUACUUGCAAAGAUUAGGCAUCAAAAACCCGUUUAACAAAAUUUCAGAAGGAGUUUAUAAUAUAUUCAUUGGAUUGGAUUAAUGUAGCAUAUUUUAGUCCGCUUUUCGUAGGCACACGAAUCUGCAGUGAAAUCCUGCGCGCGGCAGAGCGUAGCCGUCUCGAGCUCGGGCCGAAGUUCUCGGUUUCUCGGUAGAGGUGAAUGUAUUGGGCCGUUCAAUGGCUUUGCUGACGGCCUCCAUUUCCAACUCUUCGAUGCCGCUAAUUGCUCCUAGCCAGAUCGUUGCCUGAAGCAACCAUUUUAAACUGAAUAGACCCUCGUUUAUUCAUCUAGCUUGCAUCCCCUCUUUUUCGGUCAUCCUGAGAAAUAACUCAGCAGCUUUCACCAAAUUGGGGCAAGCCACUUGCAGCCUAGGCAGGUAUAUCGUCGGCCUCAUAUUGGGCACCCACAGGGCUGGGUGGUGAUGGCUUAAAAAAAAGUUGCAUUUAGCCUCCCAUGGAAUCAAGACAAAAAACAGGGUCUCACCUGCCUCUGAGGGACGGGUUGCUCGUUGCUGCCAUUUUAUGUAUCAUAAUAUAUUCAUUAAUUAAUCUCAGUAAUAAAUAUAUUUAUAUUAUAAAUAUUUUAUUAUUUUUUAUUAAAAACUGUUUAUAAUUUUGGAAAUAAAAGAGUCAGCAUCAGCUUAAGAAAUGGUGCGCCAGUUAUCAGAGUUGGAGGAGGUUACAUGUUUAUUGAAGAAUUUCUCAAAGUUUACUCCUUGCAAGGCAAAAAGAAAGCAGACGAAGAAGAAAACACCCCAAAAAGAUCAAGAAGCUCAGAGCCAAAGCUAGGAAAAAGCAAAACUGUGAUGGUGUUUUCAAAAGAAGAUAUUGAAAAUUUCGCAAAUGCAUCUAACGUUUCAGACUUGAUGAACUCUUCAGGAACUCUAGAAUCAAUUUCAAAAGAAAAUAAAAUCGCUUCAGCUUUUAAAGCGAAAAUUCUUGAGCAGAUUCCUAAGCAGCAGACUCGAGAUUUUACCCCGGUUUCCAAUAGAAGGACCCCUAGAUUUUAA